AUGGACUGGCAGAGCAGUCACGGAAUUCCACUGGCGGUGGUGGAUAGGCUUCUCCACUACAUUCCUCACGACUCUCGGUCUGCUUUACGCUUGACGUGCAAGCCAUGGUGCAGAGCAAUCGACAAAGUUACGCCGCUUCGACGCCCAGUGGCUAAUACCUUGCCUGCGGAGAUAUUGCUACAAAUAUUUCACCGACUAGCACCUCGAGACUUCGACAAUGCCAGGAGGACUUGCUCCCAGUGGAUGCGUGUUAGUCUAGACCGAGAUCUCCUGCAACGUAUGCUCAAACGAGCGGGUUGGUGGGACUCCUGGCUACGGGACUGUCAAAGUUCGAGCCUUGUAGUGGGCGAGGAAGAGAGUUCGGUCUGGAAAAUGAGCAAACGUUUUGCCACAGAGUGUCUACUGUCUGGCCGGAAAGUCAAUGUGGAAAGACCAGGGUUCCUUACAACCGCUGUUGUCGACUUCUCUCAACUAUCUCAGAGGCAGCGUGCCGCCGAGUUCCGGCGUCCAUCUCAGCCUGUCAUUACAGAAAUUGAACCCCAGACGCAUGUCGACGGAACACCCCUGUUUCAUGUCAGCGAUUGUGGAAGAUAUUUGCUUGUGGCAUCGAAUCGCAUAAUCUCUGUUUAUCGUCUGCUUUCCAUGAGGGCUGAUUUCAGUACCAGCCCUGACGCAGACGUCGCUCUUGUGGCAAGGAUCACUUGUCCUGCUGAAGUUAUGGCAACCACAAUUGAUACUAGCAGUUUGAAGUUGACUGUCGCUGCAUUGCUGCACAGUCGGCUAGGCAUGGUAUGCGACCUUGUUCCGGCUACUGAUGGUCCAUGUGCCGACCUACGCCGUACAAAGUAUGCCAUGGAGCUGGUUUCUCGACACUUCAUAUACAAUGUAUGCUCCGCCAACGACCCACCCCAGAGCGUUUCAAUCUGUCCGGGACGUCGUUGCGUCGCUUUCGGGUCGGGAACCGGGUUCGAGCUGCGCUGGAUUAACGGACAGACCAAUCAAGACUGUCGUAAACAGUUCCCUAUGUCGCAGCCAUCCGAGGUUCUCCAUUUCUUCCCAAGUCGGCCUAAUGCGCCAAGAGAGCUUCGCAUUAUCUCGUCAUUAGCCGGUCCAGGUCUGCCUGGAUGCAGCUGCCACGGUGUGCACGAUGGUGGCAAGCGACCAAAAUGCCCAUUCCAUCUCUCCGCUGACGUCCAAUCCCUUACUCGGUGGGAUCCACAACAUAACGGAGAUCCCGACUUAGUGAGGGCCACGCAUUGCCAUAAUUAUCAUGCCAUUCCCAUCAAUGAUGGUCUGCAUGUCCUCUACGUCGAGCCCCGCACAGGCCAUCUCUGCAUUGGGUCUGAUGCUCCCAUCGGCGGGCCAACAAGUCUCACAAAGACAUUCGUUUGCGUUCCUCCAUUCGACAACAGUGCAUCCGAGGGUAUAAGUGAGGGUAUGGCCCCGACUGUCUUCGCAGCGGGGUCGGAUCUGAGCUGGGGCUUGCGUGUAGUCGCUGCCUAUCAGGACAGACUCGUCCUAUACUCCGUGCCACUAGACGUCUUCAAUGUCAUCCGAAAGGAGCGUGAGAGACAAGGGGACGGAGUCAUGGGCGACAGCGACCUGGCCAGGGACUGGUUCCUUGACAACCAGAGGUCGCGAAAGCGCCGAGACAGUCUCGUCCAGAACCAGAAUGGCGACUGGGAGUUCCUUCUCAGCGUCAGUUACCGCCCCACAGCCAUGAUGUGGCCGUUCCAGAUUUACGGCAAGGAGAUCGGACGAGUAAAUGAUGUAGUAGAGCUAGCUCUCCAGUCAUCCAACGGUGGUGCCCGCAUCUGGGCGUUUGAUGCAUCGGGUAAAACCAAUGUCAUCGACGUGGAUACCUUCACCUCGACUGCCCAGCCAGCCGCAGACAUUCCUUGCAAGUCAGUAUCUGUUGACACCGAUGGCACUGUUUCGCCUGCCCAACUCGUUGACCGGAGCGUGCUCGAAGCUGCACCACAACUUACGCGCAAGCGGAAGCAUUACGACCAAGAGAACUUUAGCAGCCAACACACGAAUGCUCAUUGGCUCGAUGCUCCUAUGCUAAGAGAGGAAGAGCCGUCGGAGCUCUCGCAACUCGUCACUGCAGCGGCAACGAAACGGCGUUAUUCUUUCGCUGCUUGCAUUGUUGAUCUCAACAUCCCCGAGUUGAAUGCUCGAGAGGGACCAUGGGUGGAGGAUGUCAGCGUGAUGUAA